AUGCAAUCAAAAUUUAUGCUUUUUGUUUUUCUAACUCUCCUUUUUGCAACAUAUUCAGAAUGUCUUAAAUGUAAUACGUACGUUAAAUUAAAAGAUCAUACCGGUCAAAUGACAUUGGGUGGUGAUGAAAAAUCAACUACUUGUGAGCGUGGUCAAAUGUGCUUGUAUGUUUCUCUUGAAGACAUUACCAUCGGUGAAGGCUUCAUAACAGCCGCGUGUGUUUAUAAAGACAGAUGUAAAAACAUAAAAAACGGAAAGAUAAAAAAUAUUAAAAGUGACAAAUUUUAUUCAGAAUUAAGUAGAGCUACUGGGAGAACGGUAAUAGCUCCCAUAGGAUCCGUAAUUGAAGGAUAUCAAAUGUGUUGUACGCGUGCUUCGCAUACGCUUGCCUGCAGGGCAGAUCUUUUGUCAUGUAUUUCAGACGCUCAAAUUUUAAAAAUUUUUUAA